AUGUCCCAUCAUGGAGGCCAGCACCUCUGGGAUAUUACUGAGGCCCACGCCCACGAAGGCGCCUACUGGUUCAACGUCGCGGCCAUCACAUACGGCGUCAUGAUCGGCCUUACCAAGCUUGCAGUUCUCUGGCUGUAUCGCCGUGUCUUCUCGCCCAUCCGGUGGAGCGUGUUUGACAUUGCCAUUGUGGCCCUGGUCGUCCUCGUUAUUGGCUUUUACGGGAGCAUCACCAUCGUCAAGAUCUUCGAGUGCCAACCGCGGGCCAAGAUCUGGGAUAGUACGAUCCCCGGGAAAUGCAUAGAUAUCAAGUGGUUAUUGAACGCCAGCGGCGGCUUCAACACAGUGACUGAUUACCUGAUCCUACUACUUCCUGUCCAAGCCGUACGGAACCUUCGGAUGGAUCACUUGAAGCGGGUUCUCGUGGUGUUAAAAUUCACCUUUGGUCUCUGCGCACCCAUCUUCGCCACAGUCGGCUUCGUUGUCCGUCUGAGGGACAGCGGUAACGCCGACACAUCUUGGUACCAACCGGAGAUACUCCUCUGGAGGGCGGCGGAACUGGCUUCUGGCCUCCUGUGUGUCUGCUUUCCAGAGCUUCCCGUCAUCUUCCGCAAAGGGCAUCGCAAAGGGUCCACCCCGGCUCGCCCUACCGCCUCCGCGCUCAGGGGUUUGAGGGAGUCCAACCGUCGUUCCAAGUCUUCAAGAUCAAGAGAUCCUUACUUCACCAAGAGUCUCAUGAGUACAAUGGUCAGCACGAACGGCGAUGGGCCGUACAUUGAGUUGCAAGAAUAUGGCAACGAGGUACAUGUCACGUCUUCACGGACAUUCCCUCAAGGCCCGAAUGCAGAGGGUGGCGUUGUAGUACUUCGGAGUGAAGUCAAGGUCGAGCGUCAGUAG